AUGGAUGCCGCCAGCUCCGGCGGCUCCGACUACAAGAGCUGCGGCGGCAGCAGCGACGAAUCGGCGCCGCUCGCCGCGACGAACGCCUAUCCGAACGGCGGCGAUCCGCAGCAUGUCCAAAAGCGGUCUUUGGACGAAGAAGGAUCGGGAUGGGACGCCCAUGCCGAGGGGUGGCGGGGCGCGGACGAAAGAUUGGGAGAGCGAUGCGGCGAUGUGGAAGGUGCCAGAAUCUGGCGGGGAUCGGUAAGGGAGUCGGGGGCCCAGGGCGGGGACGGGCCCGGCGGCAAAAGAUCGCCGCCCCCGGCGGCCAGGGGGCGGGGCGCAGACCCGCGCGUCGAUGCACAGGCCGACGCGCGCGGCACGGAUAGUGAUCGCGGCGGACAUCAGCCGCGAGGGGACGGAGCGGGGAGAUCCGUCGCGUGUGCCCGCCAGGAGGACGGGAGGCGAUUGUCUGAAUGCGGUGGGCAGGACGGCCUGCUGAGCAGCUUCAUGGACAAGUUCCAUCAGGGACGGGGCACCGGGGAGGACGCCGGCGCCGACGGCCACCGAGGGGCGCCGAGGCGACCGUGCGACGUGGGUCAGUUCGCAUCCCGCGGAGGGGAUGCAUCGCGGGCGCCAGGGGAGCAGGAGGCGGGCGGCGCGGGGUGGACUGAGCAGGAAUCGGCAAAGGGGCCGCAGUGGGUGAGGGGCGUGGGCAGGGAGGGGGAGAGGAAGAGGACCGCGCGGGAGCUGGAAUCCGGCCACACCGGUGCGGGAAGGAUUCAGUUGGGGUCGACUCGCGGCGAUGCCUGGCCUGGCGCGGACCCCGCGGCCGCCCAAGCGCAGCAGCUUGACGGCGCUCGAAAUCCGACCGGCGAAGAUGGCCGGGGUGUAACCAGCGGGCCGGGCGGGCGGUCGCCGGGGCCGCAACGCAGCCCGCCCGCGAUCGGCGUGGGCCAUUACUUCCGCGACAAGGACGGCCAGGUGUACGUCAUGGCUGCGGGGCCCAACCGCAGCUACGUGCUGACGCCCGUGCAGAUCGGCCGUGCGCAUCAGCAGCAGCGGAGGCAACCCAGCGUGGGGACCAGCCCCGGGGACGCACCACCGGGUCCGGGCGCUCAGAACGCCGCUCUGGGCGCCAGGCUCCAGAGCAUGGGGUCGCCGCGGCCGCCCGGCGUCCGCCUGCAGCCGCAGCAGAUGGGCUACGGCGGGGGGGGGGCACCCGCGAGCGCAGCAGGUGCGGGCGGCAUGGGGCGGCCUGGGCCGGGCGGGCAGGCCUCCCCACCGCUGAUGGGGGUUCCGAGGCCGCAAGGGGUUGUGAUGGCGCAGGGGGGAGGUGCUGGCCACCACCAGGGGGUGGGUAAUUCUGGCCAGCGAGCACCCGCGGGGGCGAUGGGCCCAUUGUCAAGUCCCCAGGGGAUGCUGCCGGCUGGCGCUCCAGGGCCCCGAUCCGUGGGACAAUUUGUGGUGCAGAAUUCGGGUUAUUGGCCGGGGCCAGGCGGGCAGCCCCGCAUGGGGGCGGGUGGCACGCCUGACGGCCUGCAAGUCCCCUCGAAACAGUUAGGCGUCUCGCCAGUGGGUGCUGUGGGACUCCACCAGUCAGCUGUCCAGCUGGUUCCCACAGGGGCAGCCAUUCAAGGCCAGUCCGCGCCUGGUAAUGUUCAGGACGAUGGCAAAGAGGAGCAAAGGCCGGAGAGGCCAUGGGAGGUGACGAUCCGGCAGUACCAGCUGGAUCUGUAUGAGGCCGCAAGGAGGAGGAACAUAAUAGCUUUCCUGGACACGGGGUCAGGGAAGACGAUGAUAUCUGUGCUGCUGAUGAAGCACGUGGGGGAGCAGGAGAGGAUUAGGAUGAAUGAGCUGAAGGACAAGGGGAAGAAGGGCCAAAAGAAAGUGAUCAUCUUUCUAGCUCCAAAGAAAGUGCUGGUGGCUCAACAAUCGCACGUUCUGCGGGUGCACACUGAUUUGAAGAUUGGCGAGUACAAUGGGGACAUGUUGAUGGAGCAGCAGCAGGGCUGGGACAAGAUCGUGUGGCGUCAGGAGUUUGCGGAAAAUGACGUGCUCGUCAUGACCCCACAAAUCUGUCUUAACAUCCUGCGCCAUGGCUUCACCACCAUGAACCACAUUGCACUCAUCGUCUUUGAUGAGUGUCACCAUGCGCGAAAGAAGCAUCCAAUGAAUUGCAUUCUGCAGGAGUUUUAUCACAAGGCCCCCCGCCUGGGAUUUGAACGCCCUAAGCUGUUUGGAAUGACUGCGUCACUCGUGGAUGGCCGUGGCAGCAACAAUGUUGAAGCGAGUUUCCACGAACUGGAGACCAACCUGAACUCCAUGAUAAUGACUGUGAAGAACAGAGAUGCCAUUGAGAAGUACACUGCCAAAGCUUCUGAGCAUCUCAUCUGCUACCAAAGCAGCUCUGUCGUGCAGCAACUUCGUGACCCUAUGAGGCUGCUGGACAGGGCCAUUUUAAGACUUCAAGCAUGCAGCAAACUCAUCCAGCUGCAACGCUUCAAGGCCACUGGGCACUUUGGCACUGAGUCCACGUGGACAAUGGAGGUCAAAAGGAAGACCCCAUGUGACCAAAGAAUCCGCCAGCUCAGCAGCCUUAGAUAUAUUUUGCAGGAGAUGGGAUUUCUUGCGGCAACAUUUGCCCUUGUAGAAAUAUUGGAAGAAUCUGAAGGCAACGAAGUCGGGCAAUACUAUAAUACCUUGCGCGCUCGACACAAUUGGGAUGACGACCAAGAGGAGCAACAAACCAGAAUGGGUGAAGGAAUGGGCCCAGAACUGGGCAUUUCAUCAGAUGGUUCACCCACAUCGUUGGACGCCAGGGAGCUGCUCCAAAUCCUGCAUCGUGAGAAUGGCGUGAAACGUGUUUUGCCUUUACUGGAGCCACGCCUGCUUGAGCACAAGGACCUCCUGAAUGACAACUUCAGGGACCAUGACACCAUCCAGAUGCUGUCUCUUCGCGAUGCUGCAGAAGCUUUGGCAUGGGUUGUUCUCAAGGGUGAGGAGGCUGCGAGCUUCUUGAAGGGCUUCAGCUUUUCAGAGUCUGGGUUGUCUGAAGCAGUCAAGGUGCUGAGGGACAAAAUCUCUGUUGAGGAGGUGUCCAAGGUGCUGUACGAUCAGAAAGCUUCGAUGGUAGGGAGCCUGGGGGGCCCAGAGGGCGCGUUGAAGAUUGUCACCCACAAGGUGCAGCAGCUGCUUCGGUUCUUGAAGCACAGGGAAGAGAUGAUCAAAGAAGAAGGCCACACAGACUGGCGCGGAAUCAUAUUCGUGGAGCAGACGAUCUCUGCUGUUGUCCUCGAGCAGCUGAUGACCCUUAUUCCAGAGCUGAGCUAUUUCAGGAGCCAGUGUCUAACAGGGCAUGGGGGCACUGUGAUGUCGACUGCAAUGCAGGACAAGCAUCAGCGGAGGAUCGUGAGGCUGUUCCGGGAGGGCAAGAUCAACCUUCUGGUGUCCACCAGCGUUGCUGAGGAGGGCUUGGACAUCACUGAAUGCCGGCUCGUGGUGCGCUUCGACCUGCCGAAAACCGAGGCGGGCUAUAUCCAGAGCCGGGGACGUGCCCGCAAGGAGGACUCAAUGUAUGUGCUCUUUGUGGAGCAGGGCAACGAGGUGCACAUGACGCUGGUGCACAGGCUGCGCAACUCAGAGCGGCAGAUGAAGAUGUAUGCACAACACAUAAAAUCCGUGAUGGAGUGCGAGGCGGAUGAAGACGAGGACUUCAUCAGCGGCACAGACAUGGCCAACAUGGAGAUCGAGGAGGCUGAAAAGAAAUCCAAGACAAGGCCAUCAGAAAACCUGACAUCCCUCGAAGUGAAGGAGACUGGGGCAAAGAUAUCUGGGGAUGCUGCAGUUUCCCUCAUCCACCGUUACUGCAUGAACCUGCCGCACGAUCAGUACUGCUCCCUAAUCCCCCGGUUCUUGUUCAGGUCCCAGACGGGCGACAAGAACAACCAGAAGCAGUUCCAGUACCAGCUCACCCUCCCCAGCAAUGCCCCCAUCAAGGGCCCUCUGGUGGGGGCGUGGAGCGACUCCAAGGCCCGGGCCAAGGCCGCCGUGGCGCUGGCCGCCUGCCGCGAGCUGCAGCUGCUCAACGAGCUGGACGACUGCCUUCUGCCCCAGGCUGCCGCCUCACCGGGCGACGAGUCCAGGAAGAAGCGCAAGAACAUGUCCGCGGACGAGGCCGCGGCCGCAUUGGAGGCCGACUGGCACAUCGAGACCAACAUCAACCCGCGCGUGCUCGUCUGCGCGGACGACCGCGACGCCUACCUCCGCCUGAUGCGCGAUGGGGGCCGGGCCGACAAGGGGGGGGCCGGGGCGAAUGCCGCGCCCAAGGCCGGCCCCGCGAGAGAAGCGCCCGAGGACGCGCUGCCCGGGCUGCUGCGAUCCUCCCCCCGCGCGCCCAACGGGGACUUCCGCCUCCACCUGCACGCCGCCGAAUUCGAAAUCAUCAAACCCCCGGACGCCUCUGCCGAUCUCGUGAUCCCGGAAGCGCUCGGCGUGGUGGCCUGCCAGCCCCUGCCCGGUCCCUGGCGCUUCCCGCUCUUCCCCGAGUCCGCCGAGGUCAGCGUGGCCCUAAAGUACGUGGGGGAGCUGGCGCUGGACCCCUGCGCGUUGCGCGACCUCAAGGCCUUCCACCUGGCCCUCUGCGAGGGCGCCUACUUCAAGGGCAAGCUGCUGUCCCAGGCCUGCACCACGUCCGAAAACGGCAUCCAGCGCCGCAGCUUCUACGGCCGGAUCGCCGCCGACAGGGUGCGCUACAUGUCCGGGGGCGUGACCCAGGCCCUGGACGGCUCGCCCACGCGCAACCUGAGCUGGUAUUUGGUUGCGCCGCUCGCGGGCGGGUCCCUGGGGCCCGUAACGCCGUCGGGGAUGCCGUCCAGGCGGGAAGGCAGGGGGGGCGCGAACACCCGCGGCGGGGUGGCCGGGGAUGGGCGGCGCGGGGAGCCGUCCCAGUCGGAGGAGGCCGGCGGGGGGAGGGUCAGGGCGGCGGGCUGGAUCACCGGGCGCAAGGCGGGGGUGCGCAGGAGGGCGGUUGAGGAGGGCAUGAGGUCGAGGAUCUACGGCCGGCCGCCCAAGUACGUGCCCUGCGGCGGGUUCCCUAAAGUCCGGGGCGGCGAGGCGGGCCCCAGGUCCCCGGGCGGCGCCGACGGGGGCCUCAAGGACCUGGGGCUCGGGCGCGGGGACGGGGACGGCGGCGGGAUUGGGGCGCGCGACGGCCGGCCCGCGCGGGAGCUGAUCGAUUGGGAGCUUGUGCGGUCGACGGCCGCGCGGCUGGAGCGCGUCGUGGCGAGCGGCAUACCGCGGGAGCAAUGGGGGUGCCUGGUCAGGGGUGACAUCGUCAUGUCGACGUACAACGAGGGGGUGUACAGGCUGCUGGGCGUGCGGCGCGACCUCAGCCCGAAGUCGUCGUUUCCGGCCAAGCCAGACCCCAGGCUGAUGGAUAGGGACCUCAGGAAGGAAGCAAUACGGGCACAGCUCAGUGAGUCGAUGGCGAGCCCAUCAGCAGAGGCAGAGGUAUGCGAGUACGAGACAUUUGAAGAAUACUAUGCCAAGAGGUGGGGCCUGUCGAAUUUAGAUAGCCAACAACCGCUGCUCGAGUGCGAGCGCAUGAGGACAAUGUCCAUCUUGAAGAGGGCACGGAACUCUCUGCGUCGGGGCUGGAACCCACUCAGGGCCCUGAUGGAGGAUGAAGAGGAAGGGGCUGCACUGGAGGAUACCAAGGAGGAAGCAUACCAGAAGAAGAAACAGGACAGCCGGUGGACCAAGGUUGUGCACCUCGUGCCAGAGCUGGUCGUGCUGCAUCCGCUGCACCAGACGACGUGGGCCUCACUCAGCAUGGUGCUUGCUGUGUUGUGGUGCUUGGAGAACCUGCUGAAGGUCCAGGAGCUUGGGGAAUUUCUGUGCAACUCUGACAUCAUAGAGAGGUCUAUCGCCAUUCCUGACGUCCAGAUGCUGUACGAGUCCGUCACCAGCAAACACUGUGGAGAGCACUGCAAUUAUGAGCGGCUGGAGUUCAUGGGCGAUGCGCUGCUUAAGUAUGCGGCCACGAUGCACCUGUAUUGGUCUUUCCCAGAGGCCCACGAGGGCAUCCUGACUAAGAAGCGGGAGGCCAUGGUUUCAAACAUCCGCCUUGCCAAGGUGUCCCAGAGGCUUGGGCUCAAUCGGUGUCUGCGGCACAUUCGACUGGGUGACCACCCAUGGAGGCCGGCAGGAUGCCACUUUUUGGACGCUUUCUGGGCUUCUGUUGGUGGUGACAUGACUAAUGGUGCUGCUUGGUAUGGAGGGAGGAAGGGCAAAGCCCCGCCGACACAACGCCAAUUCGAAACGUUCAAAGUGAAGUUCAAGCUGCUGGCAGAUGCAGUGGAGUCCUUGAUAGGAGCCUUUUAUGCCCAUGGUGGCAUCAAAGCCGGGUUUGCUGUGAUAGACCGGAUGGGGCUUGUGCCUGCACAGUACCUCUUCCAGUACUCAGAGAUAUUCGAGACCCGGGAUGACUGGCUACGGGACGUUGUUGCAAACCCGGAUGCCACCAACAUACCCGAAGGAAUGAAGUCCUUUGCUCAGACAUCCAGCAGGGCGAGGGGCUUUAAGGGCCAGAGGGACAUGUCAGGCCUGGAAGAAAUCGUGAAGCACAAGUUCCAAAACAAGUCCCUUGUUCUGGAAGCAGUGACACACUGUUCCUGGCCGCAUUCUGAACCACCGUGCUACCAACGCCUGGAGUACCUGGGUGACGCCGUGCUGGACAUCCUGGUCACGCGCUACAUGUUCCACAAGUACGGAGACUCAAAUCCUGGUCAGCUGACUCACUUGCGGCAGGCCGCUGUCAACAAUGAGCGCCUGGGGCUCUGUGCAGUGAAGCUGGGGCUGCAGAGGUUCAUCCUCCACUUCUCGUCAUACCUCCAGGCCCACAUAUCCGAAUUUGUAAACCAGGUGGAGCGCCUGUCUCAGGAGAAGGCUGGCCGUGGUGGGCGGGCCUCCUUCGGCUUGGGCGAGCGCCAGGCGCCCAAGGUGCUGGGCGACAUCGUGGAGGCUCUCAUUGGGGCCACCUACCUGGACGCCUAUGGCAGCUUCAAGGCCACCUGGGCCAUCUGGGAGCCCCUGCUGCAGCCCCUGCACACGCCGGACACCGUGCCAAUGCACCCUGUGCGCGAGCUGCUGGAGCUCUGCCAGGCCUUCCACUGGGACGUCGAGUUCAGGAGGGUGCGGGACAGGCCGGGGCGGCGGGCCCAAGGAGAGGGCGGGCCAGGGGGCCCGGGUGGGCUGCGCAGGCAGCGUGGGGAGUCGGAUGGGGGUUCUGACAGCGAUGAAGGCGGGGAGGAGGAGGACGAUGACGAGGAAGAGGACGAUCUUGAGUUGGAUGCAGAGGUGAGGGAGGCCGGCUCCGAUGAGGAACGGGCAGAGGAGAGACCAGAUUGUUCGUUGAGGGAGGAUGGUGGGGUUGGCGGGUCUCGGGCAGACUUCAGGAAAGACAGGUCAGGCAGGCGGGCCGUGACAGACGUCACAUCCGAGCCCCUGGCCAUCAAGGUGGCUGUCAAGGCGAUUGUAAACGGAGAAAUUGUCGCAGAGGGUCGUGGUACGCACAUAAGAGCAGCAAGGAGGGAAGCUGCGAGGAAUGCCUUGGAAGGAAGCUUGUCAGCGUACCGUGGCCACCGAAGGGACCGCCGGUACAGUGCUGUCUGCAGCGUUGAGCGCUAA